UCGAUCGGCCUUCACUUCACGUUGCGAUCAGCUGAGAGAGAGAAACCAAUCGUCCGUAUCAAUACCGGCUAACCUGACAAAAUCAACUGACGACUUAAACGAUUUCAAAGUCAACCAAUUAUAAGUGAAUAAUUCUACAUUUUGUGUGAGGAUCUACUCAUCAAUAUUCUCAGUAAAGAAAAUGGUGCGUGUGUUUGUUCAGAAGGAAUCUUGUAGCGGUGGUAGUGUUGACCCGAAAGACGUCGGAGAAGGGGUUAAUUCCAGCCCCAGGGAGGUGAUUAACCGAGAAAGGGCCGUUAUGGCAGUGCAGGCAGUAGCCCCGGUGGAUGGGGACAAUAACUUUAACUUUAAUAACUUUAAUAAUUAUAAUAACUAUAGAUCCAGUGCCAGUUUCUCCCCGGAUACGUCAUCCCAAUCCUCGUUCUGUGACUCCGAGAGUGACAACGGCUCCCUUGUGAUCAGCGAGGAGACUGUCGGACCUACCAAUGGUGAAGACGUAAUAACGAAAGAGGACAAGAGGAAGAUGAGAAGACGAGAGAGAAACAAGAAAUCUGCACAGGCUUACAGAAAACGCCGUAGACAACAAUCAGGAUCCCAGAUCAAGACCCUUGAAACGCUUGAAGGAAAACACCAGGAACUUUUGCAGAAAGUACAGCGAUUGGAAGAGGAGAAAAAGUUUGUCGAAGAACUUCUGAAGAACAAGAUUAAGAUCCCUUGGCACGUGCAUUGGGCCUUACCCCCUACAUGGCACCAACCUAAAACAACAACAACACCCCCUCCCACAACAACAGGGAUGAUGGCCGUCGCCAUGGGCGCCCCAAUGUCCAUGGGUACCGAGGUCACGUGUGCCUCGUGAUGCGCAUGCAGUAAAUCUAGGAUUUAACUGCCGCUCACUGCAUACUAAAGAGGAAUUGCGCUUGCGCAGUGUCCACGGAGACUGACUUGAAGGCGUCAUAUUCUGUGAGUCGAAUGUGCUGGCCCGGGCUUGAAUUCGCAAGUUUCCGAAAUGGGCUUUAUGAUUUGGCUUUUGUACAAAUCUCAGUCAUUCUGACGUAUGACAACUAUCACUAGUCUCGUUAAUUCCAUCUACAUAUUUGUCAUUUGGGUCCAAGGAGUGUCCUCGGUCAUGGCAUGCUACUAUGCCAAUGGUUUCUUAAUUUGAACUUCGGUUCCACUUGGACUGCUUGGCCACCUUUGGUUCCUCUUGGACAGCAGACACCUCCUGGUUCCAUUUGGUCUGUAGACCACUUUUGGUACCAGUUGGACUAUAAACCAUUUCUGUAAUCUCUGUGAUGAAGGCUCAACAAAGUGACCAGGAGAACUGUUACUGUGUUGGUCAUUAUCUCGUCAUCGUCUGUAAAAAAAACUUUGUCAGAUCAUCAAAAGACAUACUCCAUCAAACAAUAUUUUGAUUUUAUAAAACAUCAGAUCAUACCUUUUAUUUAAAAAAUCAAAAUGUUCAUGAUCACGCAAAAUACUCGGAAAACGAAAGUAGACUGCGAUAGAGCCCACAUAUUUUUGUACAUAUAUACACUGAGGUAUUGUGGCUCGGCUGAGUUCUCGUGCCUCUGUUAUUGUUGAUGAUUUUUUUUUAUAUAUUUACUUUGUGAGCGGCAGAUUGAGAGGACAGACACUGAUAUUGUCAGUAGUCAUCGCUUAUCAAUGGCGAUAAUAAUACAACUUUGAUGUUAUUAGAAGUAAUAAAUUUUGUAUCCCAUUUAA